AUGUGCAACAAGGAGAAGGCGAUGGAGUCCACCAUCAGGAAUCUCUCCAAUCGUCGGAAAUCGUCACUUGUCCACCAUCAUCGCGCUCGAGAAGCUGCCGAUGAUGAAGACUUGGCGAAGCAGCGUAUUGCACCAUCAGCACGCUCGAUUUCUUCUCGACAGCAGGUUGUCGAGGAGCCGCAAAUAGAACACCGCGAACAGAAAAAGAAAAUCUCUUUUCUGUUGACUAUACCGCCUAGCGUGGGAUACGUACAAAACCCGUUGAGUUUGUACUAUUGUUAUGACGUUGAAGGCACCACCCGAAAGUUGAGUAAAUGCAUUGCCGAGGUUACUAACACGCCAUGGGGUGAAAGAGUGACAUUUUUGUUCAACCCGAACUCAGAUUUAGUUGCGAAACCUCUUCAUGUCAGCCCUUUCAUGGACAUGCUUGGGAACUGGAAAAUGAAAACGAGCGAACCGAAUGAUAAUCUGCACGUAGUAAUUUCUGUGCAUCAUCCGAAACUCGGUAACUACUUCACGGCCUCAUUAUUAGCGAGAAAAGUUUCGCAUUCGCCAGCCGAUCAUUCACGGUUCUUCUGGUUGAUGCCCCAUAAGAAAUGCUUAUCUUUUGCCUAUUGUCUUUUCACUGUUGCUUCUAGAAGUGGAAAGAUUUUUAGAGUUGCUGGCACUCAAGCUUUGGUGGAAAAAUGUUUCGUUUAUUCAACACCCGAGAAAACCUUCAUACACAAGAGACAUACGAUCGUUGUUUUACUUGGAGAGAUGCUUCAUGGCCUUGGUGCUGAACUAUACACUCGUCUUGCUUCUUGCCUUUUACUGUUUGGAGCCCGGACUUCGUUUUCGUUCAAUUGGGAAGAUGCGCGUUUCGUCCAAUAG